AUGGCGACGGACGUUGUACUCGAGACGACCAUGGGCGCCAUCACGGUGGAACUGUACAACGACCAUGCGCCCAAAACGUGCAAAAACUUCGCGACGCUCGCGCAACGAGGCUACUAUGACAACGUGGUCUUCCACCGCAUCAUUCCCAAUUUCAUGGUGCAGACGGGUGACCCGACAGGCACUGGCCGCGGCGGAUCGAGCAUCUACGGCGAGAAGUUUGCCGACGAGAUCCAUCCUGCGCUGAAACAUACCGGUGCUGGGGUGCUGAGCAUGGCCAACAGUGGCAAGGACACGAAUGGCAGUCAGUUCUUCAUUACUUUGGCUCCCACGCCCUGGUUGGAUGGGAAACACACCAUCUUUGGGCGUGUUAAGAGUGGCAUGAAAGUCGUGCAGAGGAUGGGGCUGGUCAAGACGAACAGUGAGGAUCGGCCGCUGGAGGAAGUCAAGAUUAUUCGCGCCAGAGUGGUCGAGGGGACUGAAAGAGAUUGA